AUGGGUGGCCCAUCACACCCCUCCGAGGUGUGUGAGUCACCAUCGAGGUGGCGUCUUGGCAUUGGGUGGGCGCCCCACGUGGAUGAUGCGCCCACCCCACUAAAGAUUCGAGGGCUCUACUUAGAAUUCGAAUUAAUAAAGGAAAAGAGCUGUCGCCCAAUUUUUGAUAGCAGCCAGUCAAUGGGUGAAGGCUACCUCCUUGUUCAUUGGCUGUGGACCCCGCUCGCCAUUCCCUUCCAGAAAUCAAAAAUUAAUUUUCCGACCAUAUAUCUCCAAAUCUGUAUUGCAAUUCAGGAUUCCUUCCAAUUCCCUAAAGCUCCCAAGGAAAAGAGCUGUCGCCCAAUUUUUGAUAGCAGCCAGUCAAUGGGUGAAGGCUACCUCCUUGUUCAUUGGCUAAAUCAAAAAUUAAUUUUCCGACCAUAUAUCUCCAAAUCUGUAUUGCAACUCAGGAUUCCUUCCAAUUCCCUAAAGCUCCCAAGAAUAUCCGGACUUGAACUUGGGGAAGAUAAUGAUGCAAUUAGUACCAUCUCUGGCUCAGAGAAAUUGGUAAAUGGUGAUGAAACCAACUUUCAGAACAACGGAGGUGUGGUGGAAAAUAAUUAUCCUAACGAGUUAUCUUCCAAGGGUAAGGGAAUGGGAACUGAAGUUAGAGAUUUGGUGAAUUUGGCAGCCACGGAUGUGAAACUAGAAGUGUUACCUUCCCAUGCAACAAUGAAGAAAGGAAAUAGAUUGAAGAAAUGGAAAAGGAUCAAGAGGGACCCCAAUAAGGUUGGAAACAGUAGUGCUGACACUGGCAAGAUGGUUAUGCAGGAUUUGUCAAAUUCAGGUGGAAAUUCGAGCAAACGGAUGCAAGUUUUGUAUGACAGGAACCAAAAAGGUGAGGGGUCUGUUUCAUCAACAAAUGCUGUGGCGAGGAAUUUGGAUGGUUUUGCUAUGCUUGGUGAUUAUGGGUUGGCCAUUGGACCAACCUUUGCUGCUGGUACCGAUUCAGAGAAUAGUGAGGAUCGGAGUAGCAAGUCCUCCACGGCGGCCAGUGCUCCAAGGGCAAGAUAUGAGAUGCCGGUAGUUGCAGGAUUUCCGCGUGAUAGGAGCAAGAUUAGGAGUCCAAGUGGAAAGAAUUUGGGCAACACUGUGCGUGGUCAGCAGGGAAAGGGACGCAUUGAGACCGGUAAAAAGGCUAAAGGGGAACGUUUCAAAAUCGAGAAGGAAAAUUCUCAAUCCAACAUGAAAUCUGACUCUCGAAGCUCCAACUAUGCCCUUAUGCAGGGAAAUAACACUGCAACAAUUAAUGGGAUUCUAAGUGGAAGAUUGAUGAAUUAUGAUGAAGCAAAUGGUGAUGAAGUUCAGGCCAGUGAACUUCAAGUUAGGGAUGGGAUUCGAGGUGGUUAUGACAGGAACAAUGACAGAAGAUUUGAAGACGUCUCUCGUGAAGAUUUAGUUGCCGACUCAUCUUGGGAGGCUAAAGAAGAAAGAAGUGAGAACCAUGAGAACUCAACAGAUUCUGAUCCUCUAGUUGAAUCCGUGUUUGCACUUCAAUCAGCACAAGAAGCACUUGAAAAAGAGGUUCAGAAGUUCAGGGAAAUUGGGAGAGAAGAUGUCUCCGUUGAUGAAGUAGUUCAGGAUUUACCUUCAGAGUUCACUUCAGUUGAUCCAAAAUUGGAUAUUGAACUAGAGGACCUUUUCAAGCAAAAGAUCGAAGCCGAGGUUGAAUAUCUGGUAAUAACAAGAAAUGCUCAGAUGUUGAGAGUUGCUGCAGUGGAUCUUAUUACCCUUCUGGAAAAACAAAACUUUAGGGCUUCCCAGCAAACCCGAAUGCUCAACGAGCUUAGAGAUACAGAAGAUGUUCCAAGUGCCACAGUGGAUUCUGAAGACGUUCCAUGUGCUGGUGAGACAUUGAAGAUGCGGAAAAGGGUUUGUAAGUACACCUCAUGUUUCUUCACACAGUUACUACUGUUGGUAAUUCUACUGGGAGUCUCUAUUUUCCGGUCAUCACCAAAUAAUGCCGAUAUUGUUCCGACUUAAUUAUUUUGGAAUGUCUUCCCUUUCUCCCUUUUCUUUGUAAAAUAGCGUUUGGACUUUUCAAUGUGUAGUAAUUUCCUUGAGAAGUAGAUAUAUAGAUCAAUGAAUUAGCUACUUUUGUUGGUUUAUUUUCAUUUCAUCGUACAGUAGCUGAUUCUGCUGCAUAGAAUUUAUCUACUUUAAUUUCAUUAUAACUUCCUUUUUA